CACGCUCCCAACCUAUUGAGCCUUUUCACGAGUUUAAGUCUGAAGGCUUUUAACGUCUACCGCUAGCGCUAAAGUCGGAUGGGUUCCACCGGUGAUAGCCUGGAACUCAUGCGUUCCCCAAGUAUAUCCGAGUCUUUGACCCCAACUCGUAUUCCCCUUAUCAAUCGGUUAUUUUGGGACCCACGCUCAGAAGCCAGGCCCUCAAAGUUUGCACGCGCGUUUCUGGGGUCUCCGGGUGCCACUUCAGCCAUUGCUAAAGACUCCGAUGGUUCGAGAUGCGUAGUUGCUGGGAGAGAAUCGCUGAAAGUCAUUCGUAUACGAGACACCCCCGACUUGCAACCAGAACGAUUGGCACAAACGCAGGCCCCGAGGAGAGCGAUCCGUGUGCUGGCUACUGGCCCGGGAGGGGCUCAACUAGUGGAAGAACUGAAUCUAUGGGGACACUCCCGCUUGCCUCCCACUAGUUCACUGAUGACGGACGUCGUAUGGGGUUCGGGACCAUCCUCGAAUAAGAUUGCUACCUCCUGCUCAAAUGGAGAUAUCAUAUUAUGGGAUAUAAACAAGGGCGGUUCCAAGCUGGAAAAGGUUUGGCGUGAGGAGCAUCAAAGAGCUGUGAAUUGUAUAUUAUUUGGUCCCACUCUUCCUCACUUGCUCCUCACCGGGAGCCAGGACACCAUUGUCAAGAUUUGGGAUAUUCGCGUGCCCAACGGUGCCCGGCUUUCACUCCCCCAUAGCACUGCGGUCCGCGCCCUAGCCAUGUCACCGAAUCCAUUGUCCGCAUCAGUACAACAUCAAUGUCUGGUAGCACUGGAAGGUGGCGAUAUCGUACGAUGGGAUAUUCGGGCCGUUGCACCUGCACCGGGAGCAUCUAGCGGGAAGGGUUCACUUGAUAAAAUGCCCGUUGCCCAUCAAGGAGCCAUUCUUGGGAUGGAUUGGUCUGUGAGCGACGGAAAAGGGUGGCUCUGUACAGGCGGACAGGAUAAAACCGUAAGGGUCUGGGACAUAUCGCACCCAACACUCAGUUCUACUCCCGUCCAUACGCUCCAUGCGCCCCAUCCCAUCAAGAAGGUCAAAUGGAGGCCGAAUAAUCCCACCGAGAUUGCAGUUGUGCCUCGUACCGUAGGGAUUUCUCCCCUAGGUAUAAUUCCGUCAGAUCCAAAUCUCCCUGGGAAGGAGGCUGCCAAUAUUGCAGCUAGAUUUGCUCCAGGAACGAGGGCGGAUUAUGUUGAGGAUCCUGACCGGGUGGAAGUAUGGGACGUGCGUAGGCAGCACAUCUCCAAGUACGUUCUGCUUGGAAGUGAAGGCGCAUGUGCGGCUGUUCUCUGGACGGAUUCCGAUUCACUAUGCGCAGUGUACCAAAAUGGUGCCUUUACUAGACACGAUGUUCAGCACUCCUAUACUCCAAUCGACCGUGUUCCACGUCAUUCGAUGGCUUGGGAUGCCAUGGGUGGAAUGUCGUUCAUUACUGGCAAGAGGGACAUAGGAGAAAUUCCUUUCGAUGAUGUGGUACCAGCACUCGCCUUCCCCCAAAAAAACCCUGCGGAAGUACGGUUCGAAUCCUCUCAGGUAGCAGCUUACGUGGCCGGCCCGAUUGCUACUUCGUUCGACAAGCAUACUUUUCGCACCAUGGCACGAUCUUACAAGCUUGAGGGCGACUCGCAAAUAGCCAUAUGCAAACAUAAUUCAACGAUUGCCACUGAGGUUGGUGACUGGAAUGCGGUACAAGUAUGGGACAAGCUUCGAGGCCUUCUCGCCGAAACGCUCUCUUUGACACCAUUAGCGAGUCGUUGUCACUCGAUGUCCCGUAGUCCUUCCAGGAGUUCAGUCGCAUCCUCAGUGUUGUUUGUUGAUGAUGCCGACGGUGGUAGUGGUUUCCUUUUCCCGCUGCGUAGCCACAUAAAGUCCCACAGUCCCAGUGAACAAGCACUAGGCCGUACAUCUAGAGAUCCGUCCCAGAAACGACAUCGCCGUAGAGUAUCAUCUCUUAGCAAAGGCUCUGCGAGGUCACUCGCUGCGCAGUCGUUAUCUCGGUCAGUGUCUCGAGAUGUCCCAGAGAGCGCAGACCAACGUAAGACAUCAACACCACCGAGCACUGCUCUCCAUCCGACGAAUGGACUCUCAACCAUUGGAACCGUUUCUGUGGUCUACUCAAAUCAGAAGAAGUCUCCCAGCCUCAAUUCACCACAUAGUCAGCACUCAUCUACGCGGAAAUCUCCAGUUUCUCCAGUGACGUCGACUUCUCGAUCCAGCACGAUGAGUUUAUCCGGUCGGGGUCGUCGGAAGCCAAUUUCCGAUGGUCGAGGUCCUGAGUUGGGACGAGCUACUUCCGGCACAAGGAGUCGCUCGCAUAGCCUCGGAAGCGCUGCUGCUUUGCUCGCACUCGGCGAUGAUGAUACUGGUUCUGGAGAAAGGAGUGAUGACGAGGACGACGACUUAGAUGACAGCGAUGUCAGCCUCGAUGGGCCGUCAUCGCGAAACCCCGCGCCUCGUCCUUUAACUUCCCUCCCGGAAAUCAAUGGGGAUGAUGCAAGCGUGUUCAACAUUUUGGAAUUAGCCCCCAGUCCUAGAAGUGUAGUUGCAGUCCCACCGAGUCAGAAGGCACAUCCAUCGUCAGGCAUUGGCUCAAAUGCAUCAGAUACAGGCGCACUUGGCGAUGAUAAUUAUGAUUCAUCGUCGUCAAUUGAUGGUCCUCGUCAUUCCUCAUCGAAAGCCCAAGAUAAAAAGGGUGCCUCAACUUCUGGACCUAAUCACCACGGAGGGAAAAUCAUGCUGCCUGUUCGCGCGAUCGAUCAUUAUUUGGACAAUAGAACAGCGGACGAAGAAAGGUUGGGAAUACCGAAGGUGUUUUCCGAGCUGAGCGUGAGGACCGCGGUACCUAGCAAACAAUCCCACAUCCACUCGUCGUUCGUGUUUCCGCAAAAGCAAGAUGAAGCAAGCGAAAAUCUUUUUAUUACUGGUACAAAAUCUAGAGAGCGUCUCAGCUCGAUCAAGUUCCAGAGUAGUAUGACAAUUAAGGCUCAUGGCUCUGGGAAUGACAGAGAUAACAGAGUCUACCUCCCGAAGCAUGGUAGGGGUCGUUCACGAUCAUCCCGAAGGGGAAAUAAGGUGUCGGGCGUGGAGAUCGAGGCAGCACAUCAACGAAUAUGGGAGCUGGGAUGGGAAUCUCUUCGCCAACGUAUCGAAGAAGAGAUUGCAUCUGGGAACAUCCAGCUCGCGGCUACUGUCUGUAUUGUUGCCGGAGGGAAAAUAUUUGACAAUAAACAGAUUGAGGAUUUAUGUGCUACGUACGUCGAGGUGCUUACACGACUAAGGCUCUUUAGUUCUGCCGCACGAGUCCGGAAAUUUUCAAAACUUGAGGGUAUUUGUAUGGCUUCUAUGCUUGACACCGAUAUUCAUAUGGCGUGCGCAAAGUGCCGCAAGGCGUUCCUUGUCCCUGUGCACAUCGCACGUAACCGCGAAAACUCUGGCCUGUUUCAAUAUUGCAAAAAUUGCAGGAAGGACAAGGCUCGGUGCUCAAUCUGUCAUUUGCCAGUCAAGGGCCUUCUAUUCUUCUGCCAGUCCUGCUCACAUGGUGGCCAUCAAGAAUGUUAUCGCGGGUACAUUUUGGCGCGGCCACUCAUACGAGAUCCUCGACAGAACCCAUUGCCAUUCGACGUCCGAGGACGUUCAGCCAGGGGUGGAGCCAUCCGUACCUCUUUCGGCUCCCAGCAACCUAUAGCAGCUGAAUCAAGUUCUCUGGGUUCUACGGAACCUGACGCCCAGUUCGAAGCAGACGAAAGCGCUCUUGCGCUUCAAAAGAUCAGCUUCAUGAGCCACAAUAAGGCCCAACUGCGUUUUCAUGCAUGCCCUACAGGAUGUGGACAUUUUUGCUGGGGAACCAACGACGCAUCAGACUGACUUGCAGUGUAUUUCCCUACAUCGCGCAUGUCAGGAGUUCAUUUAUCGUUAUAUUUAUCGCUAUACCGCUGAGCUACAGCCCUCCUGGGUAAUUCUUACUGUGUUUGCGAGUUAAUUACUUGUUAUCGGCCGGCCAAUACGCGGUUAUCAAUUCCCGGAGGUCAGCAAUCAGUGCGUCGGGGUUGUCGAGUGCUGGAAAGUGACCACCCCUAGU